AUGGAAUCCAGCCUGAGCGCCAGCUCAGUACUGAUAAGCCCUUUGGCAGUUGAUGAUGUUUUCCGUCAACAGUCAGUACCAGAGGUGCAGGAAGUUCUGCGGCAGCUCCAGCUGCAACAAGCAAAUGAUGCUGAGGAACUGCGCUCCCUCGUGGGCGUUCGCUACCUCUCGUUUCUCGAGGGCCUACCUGCAAUUUCUUCGAUGCAGAAGGUGGUUGAGGAGGCUUUGAAGGAGACGAGAGAAUUUGGUCUUGGGCUCCAUCGGCUCGCGUCUUCCUUAGCCAGCGAUUACUUCGGAAGGAGAGACCAACAACAGCAGCAAGAAGGGUUUGAAAGUGGGUUGCCUCUGCAAAAGAGCACUCCACUGGAUGACCUUCUCUGUCUCCAUGAAGUUGACUCUUCUCCAUAUGUGAGUUCUCCUUGCCACGUUCGACAGAGAGACUGGAAGGAAGGUACUGGCAACUUCCGGCGGUUCCCCCACUUUGGAGAAAAACGACAGAACACGCAGCAGCAUCUAGGGUCACUUCGAUAUUUGCAACAGCAGCUUUUAUUGUUGCCGUCUCGAGUUUGGGAUGCCGUUAGAUCCCGAAAAUUUCUUGAGGCAGCGCGCCUUGUCCUGAUUGAAGGGAGUAAGAGGGCGGAAACGGCGAAGGCUGUAGUCUGCGAACUAUGGCAGCAGCAGCACUGGCAGCAACGGGACAAACAGUAUCUAGAACAGCAACUUUCAGGUUGCUGGGCUCUAGCUCAACAGACGAUGCGCAGCUCAUCGUCCUUCACGUCAUCAUUGCGCGCCCUUGCUCUUCGCCAGCUUGCUUCUCCAGAGUUACGGCUUUCAGUCGCAGCGGAUGCGGCCGCUGCAGCUACGCUUCUAUACCUCUUCGACAGGCGAGCUUCUCUGGAAGAAACUAGUGAGACCGAGCUAAUUGCUUCGGCAGCAAAAUGGCUUUUAGGAGUAUUUUUUUCGGCCCGCGGAGAGGCUAUGGAGUCCAUUAUGACAAGGAGGAAGACAGACGGGAAAGUAGCGACAGUACCAGCUCCCUAUAUGUCAGAUUUUGCAGGGAGCGAUCCUACCGAAAUUUCAGAAACGGUACUGCUGGCAGUACAUGCAGCAGAAGCCACCAUUUUAGCUUUCUCUGCCUCUAUAGAGGCAGCCGAAGUAUUAUUUGCCCCCCUUGCAGCAGAUGGCGCUGCUCGCGGGGACCGAAACAUUACAGGAAGCCCUUCCACAGGUGUUUCGGCGGGCGGUUUCGCAGCGGUGCGUGCGGCGGAGGCGACCCUCUGCGCGAGCCACCCCCUUGACUCAGUUGAUAUCUCAUGGGCACUUCGAGCGCUGGCAAGGGUCUUCGCUCUGCUUGCUGCUCAUUGCCGCAGUGACAGCUGCAACAACAGGGAAUGGGGGCUUGCCUGUUGCUGCGAUGAUGAUGCAUUGUGUCCCAGAGCUAGAACAGCGGCCUUUGUUCAGCGGUGGAGCACUCCACUGAAGAUGCAACUGUGCCUCUUCCCUUCAGAGGACCCUCAACGAAGCCUUAGAGACAUACGCGUUUUCUGGUUAAUACUGUUGGAAAGGCUUAAAACGAUGAGAUGCCACUGGAGACUUCCCAUUCGUUCUCUAUUUGUGAUUAGCGACACUCCACAAAGAAGUUCGACGGAAUUAGAUGCUGGGGGAAAUCAACACUGGGCAUAUUCUGACAUGCCCUUACCUCCAUGCACUUUGUGCCUGCUGCAAGCGCUCGGGGAGUCUUGCAGCAACGCAUGCAUUGCUGUCUGUGAGAGACGUAUGAGGGCUUUACCGCUCCUCAGCCAACACAUAGGAAACAAUGAGGCUUGUAGGACCCGGAUUUUCCCUUUAGUGAAGGACGAGUGCUCCAACGAAGCCUUUAAGAAAGACCUUUGGUUUCAUUUGACAGACAUUGCCGCACUGUUUGGAGACGCCAGAAGCUCACAGGGAGCGCAAGCUGCAGUGCCUCUCCGCGCUGCUGUUGCAGCCUCUUUUCUUCAGUCCCUAUCAGAAUGUAUUAUUCCGCUUAAGCAGAGGGCGAUUCUCACCGCCGCUACUACUACUAACGAAAGAGCGGAAGAGCUGUGCAUCAGAGUUCAAGACACGUCAGCCGCAAUGAUUAUGGAUGCUCGAAGGGUGGAGUGGCUGUUUACUGCUUUCGGUGAUGCUGAGGCGUCUUCAGACCAUGAUAACGAAGUCGCCUUAGGAGGCGUAUCCUGCAUUUGGGACCAAACGCCGGAAGGUUCGACAGCCGUCAAGUGCCGGCAGCGAUUAGCAGCAUUUCUUUCUGAAUGGACACUUUCUACGUCACGGGCGCAGAAUAAUGCCGCUGAAGUGUUUGAGAAGGGCAGCUGUCCGGGCGAGCAUGGGCAUGAGGACGGCCUGGAAACUUGUCCAGUGGUUGCUACUGCUAGGGCAGCCGCGCAAUCGAUUCUCCCCGACCUGUAUUUUUCAUCUUUUGUUGCUUACGCUGUUGGAUUUUGGCCGUUUGUAAGGCUUGCAGUGAAGGAGCUACAGGCGGUGUGGCAGUGGAGCAGUGGAACAUCAGCUGCUCAAGCUACUGAAGCGGGUGAAACUGUUCUCGACGUAUCUGGAGGUGCAAUGUCGUUCUUGCUAGACGUUAGCAGACACGUUGUGGCAUCUCUGAAGGGCUUGAAGGUGAAGGAACUAUCAGACUGUCCUGUGUUGUUGUUUGCGAUGAAAGUGGUUGCAUCCGAAGAAGUGGCUUCCAUUGCAGUCGCUGCGAUCAAAGAGGCGAAGGAGCGGCAACAGCAGCGUUUGGAUGGUCACUAUAGGAGAGCAUCGCUUCAACGGCAUCUACUACAAGUCCUAGUUGACACAGAAUUACUAGCCGAGGCACUAGAUGGAUAUUCGCCACUUACGCGGAGUUGCAAAGGCUGUGAAAGCCUGAAUGCUUUACCAGCAACGCUUCGCAAGAUAAUAGAAGUUGGCGCAGGCUGCCGCCGCUGCUCAGAAUCUCUUAGAGAAGCGACCGAUAAAGGAAGGCAAUGGCUUGAGCCAGUCCUUGCUACAGAACUAGAAAAACGCGUUGGAGCGGGAUUUUCUGCAUCGAAGUCUCUAAUUUGGCCUCUUUUGCCCUCAACUGAGUGCGAAGCGGGCGGCAUCGGUCCCUCAGGUUUCAAAGAAAUCGUUGUAAACGCGCCUCUGCCGCCCCUUCUCGAGCCAAAUGAACGGCUUCCACUCCUGCCUGUUUCUCCACUUCCAGCAUUUGAGUGGUUGCUGUUGCAUUCACCGCACGAGGCGCACGGGGAAGCAGACGAAUCAGCUCAGAAGCCUGUCGUAAGCAAAACCGGAAGUGAACACCAGCUACCUCCAAAAGAGUUGCACAAGCAGCUGCACAGGCUCCGACUGGACGAUGCGGUCGACUCUGUGUCUCGUGGUCUACAGUCGUGGCUGAAGCGCGGCUCAUCAGAGGCCGACAGUGGAGGACUGUUUCCACCGAGGUUGACGGCCGGCGCUUCCUCUGGCGCAAUCAAGGGUGUAACGGCUGUUUCAGUAGCAGGCAGUGGACUAGCAGAGGCCUGGGCAAAGCAGGUUGGGCACGUCAGUGCUUUAAUUGGUCACCAUGUCGAGUCAGUGCAGUCGCGAGCCGCGCAGGUCGCUUCUGUUGGCCACAGGAACGGAAAACAAGCAUCCGCAAGCACGCCAGCAAGCACGCCGGCUGCCCAGGGGAAGUAA